CUCGCUCAAUCUAUUAAUUCUUGAUCAUAAGAUAAUUUUAUUAUAUCAUAAUUUAAUACGACCUGCAAUUCAAGACGAAAUAACCACAAAAGUUCCAAGUAACAAAAUGUCCACAUCACUCGCCUACGCUGUGUUAAUCGCCUUGAUUGCCAAUCUCUUAUCAGUUUCGGCCUUGCGUUGCCAUCAAUGCAAUUCACAUGAGAAUGAGGAUUGUGCCAGUUUGCUUGUGAAUACGCCCCGGGCCCAGCGGGACAAUCAAUAUUUGACAGAUUGUGUUGCCAAGGGUGAGCAACAAGCCUUUUGCCGCAAGACUGUCAUCAAAUUUGAAGUAAACCACGAACAUCGCAUCGAACGUAGUUGCGGAUGGAUAGAAGAGAAGUCGCAGAAUUCGUGCUUCACCGCCGACAACGAGGGCUACAAACAGAUAAUCUGUACAUGCAGUGAUGAGGGUUGCAAUGGAGCAACAUCCUUGCUGGGUCCACGUCAAAUGGGCUACAGUCUGAUGGCAACUAUCUUAAGUCUAAUUGUAGUAAAUUUAAUUAACCAUUAAUAAAACCAAUACCAUUCAUUUCAUACCACAACCUAAAGUACCUUAAACAAAGCAAAAAAAAAAAAAAGAAAACUGGAAACCUAAAUCGUAAAAUAUGUUUGCACUAAGUUCUUGUCUAAUGCCAUAUCUAUACGUGUAUCUAUAUAAUUAAAUAAAUCUAAACUUAAGUUUACCCUUCAUUAAUAGAAAUUCAUGUAAUAUCUUGCAACUGUUUCCCAUUUAGAUUUUCUUUAUGCAUUUCUAUUUAAUUUCUAUGAAAAUGUAAGCUAAAUAUUUAACAGAGAAAACAAAAUGAAAAAAAAACACACACACAGAGAA